AUGUCCGCCGAAGCUGUUUCUAUCAACCAUUCAAUACUUUCGUCGACCCCAUCCAUUACCACAACCACCACUACUACUAGUACCACCGCCAACGUUGGCACUUUUCAAGAAAACAAGCAUGAUAAGAUUGUGCGAGUUGACUUGGCAGACUAUGAUAAUCGCCGUGACGAAAUCGUAGACCAACUUUUGAGAGCUGCCAAAAACGAUGGUUUCUUUUACGUGGUCAACCAUGGCAUUCCUCGUGAAGACAUUCGUGCCAUGUUUGGUGCCAGCGUCGACUUUUUUGCUUUACCAGACCAAGUCAAGGAGAAAUACCCAAUGGAUGUCGCUCGUAAUGCAGGAUGGCAACAGAUUCGACCGGCCGCCGAAUCAGCACAAUUCAGUCAUUACGGCAUCGAUGAUUUGUGGCCAACAAACGAAGAUUGUCCUGGUUUUCGCCCUGUAACGGAAAGUUUUAUGCAUCAAUGCCAUGAAUUGACAGAAAAAUUACUCGUUUGUUUGGCCAUUGGUCUUGGAUUUCCAUGCGAUUUCUUUACACGGUGUCACGAUAUCAGCCAGCCCGACACCCUCAACACAUUACGUUGUCUCCAUACACGUACAGGCGAGAAUGCUUGUUGGAGUGCCAAUGAUGUUGAUACAUUAACCUUGUUAUUCCAAAGACCCGGUGAACCAGGAUUACAGUUGAUCUGUGAUGAGCACAAUGACCCCUUGUGCCUACCUCCACCAAGCAACAAUGAAAUCGUAUGCAGCUUAGGCGAUCUUAUCAUGCGUUGGUCCGAUGAUCUUUUCAAGAGCGUUCGCACUCCACCUAAACUUGAUGCAGGACAAGGACCACGUUAUGCAAUCGCUUACUCAAGUCAAGCUAACAAGUCAGCCAUUGUUCAGGGACGACACUUGUAUACGGAUCCAAUCACGGCAGGUGAAUUGUUCCUGAAAGCCAUGGAGAGAAACUUUAAGGCUUCAAAACGUCAACAAGCAGCUGUGGUUUAA